CCAUGUCCCUUUCAAAAUGGCUGGGAUCCCUUUGUAUUUUGUGGAUUUGCAGGAUGACUUAGAUGAUUUUGGGUUUGAAGACUAUGGACCAGAUUGUGAUAGCAUGAGGAUAACUGCGUUCUUGGACAUUCCAGGGCAGGAUAACUUGGCUCCACUUGCACGUCUGGAAAAAUAUGCUUUUAGCGAUAAUAUAUUCAACAGGCAAAUCAUUGCCAGAGGUCUACUUGAUGUCUUUCGAGAUUUCAGUCAUAAUGAUGAAGAUUACUUAACAGUAAUGGCAAUAGUGGUCAGGCUGUCAGAAGAUACAGAACCUACUGUACGGACAGAACUAAUGGAGCAGAUACCACCCAUAGCCAUUUUCCUGCAAGAGAGCAGACCAAACUUUCCUUCAGCUUUUUCAGAGUAUCUUAUGCCCAUUGUGGUGAGGUAUCUCACAGAUCCAAAUAACCAGGUGAGAAAAGCCAGCCAGGAAUCUCUGGUGAUACUGCUGGAGCAAGGGCUUGUCGCUCAAAAUGAUGUUGAAAACAAAGUAUGCCCGAUCCUGUUGGACCUGUCUGCUCCAGAGAGUGACGACGAAUACAAGGUGGAAGCUGUCAAUAUAAUCUGCAAAAUGGCUUCUAUGGUGAACAAGUCGACAGUUGAAUGCUUACUUCUUCCCCGAUUCUGUGAGCUCUGUGGGGAUGGGAAACUUUUUCAAGUCCGAAAGGUUUGUGCAGCAAAUUUUGGUGAUAUCUGCAAUGCUGUAGGGCAAGAAGCCACAGAGAAGAGCUUGAUUCCUAAGUUUUUUGAGCUUUGCUCUGAUAGCGUUUGGGGUAUGAGGAAGGCUUGUGCUGAAUGCUUUAUGGCUGUCUCCUACACGACAUCACCAGAAAUUAGGAGGAGCAAGCUGUCUCCCCUUUUUAUCAGCCUCAUCAGUGACCCUUGCAGAUGGGUUCGCCAAGCUGCUUUCCAGUCGCUUGGGCCGUUUAUUUCUACUUUUGCAAACCCUUCCAGUGCUGGUCUUUACAUUCGGGAAGAUGGGACCCUCAGCAUCCGGCCUUCCAGCCCCCACCCAGCAGGCAACCAUAUGAAUGCUAUGCUACGCAGCUCAGAGACGCCCGUGGAGAAUAAAUCAGAAUCAAUGACUGAGGGACCUUCCGCUAGCUGCACAUCUUGCUCUGAAAAUUCGGCUUCACGAGAAGAAAGCUCAGCAACGCGUAUUAAUUCAGAGAUAGAUUUGACUCGAUUGAGUCAGAGUGACAAUGUUGGUGCUUGUGUGGCCAAGGAUAUAAAAGGCUGUCAAGUCGGCAAUUGCAGGUCAAUGGACUCAAGGGCCCAGUCUGCAGAAGACGUGUUUAAUACUUUCUUAUACUGGCGUCCUCCGCUUCCUGACAUAAGCCAGGAUCUGGAACUGCUUCAGUGCAAAACAGAGAUGCUAGAAGAAAGCUGCUUGGCGUCGGCAGCUCUUUGUAACAACUGCGUUGCCAGCAGUGAAAUUAAAAAGGUGCUGCGAAGUUUGCAGGAGCACAUGGAUGACCCCGACGUUCAAGCUCAGGUUCAAGUACUGUCUGCUGCACUCAGAGCUGCUCAUCUCGACUCCGGCUAUGAGGUAAAACAAGAUGAGGAAGUUAAUAGUAACGACCAGGAAGAGGCAUCCCCUUUGGACCCCGAUCACAGCACAGGGAAUGAGAGCCCCCUGUCUUUGUCACCAACCCAGGGAGAGACUGUUGACCCUUCCAGUCCAACUAUAAAGAAAAAUAUGGAUGUAGAAGAACUACUCAAUGGGACCGACAGAGCUUUAGAGAUAGAAGAUAAUGAUACACCCUUUGAAGAAGAUAAAUCAAAAUUACAGGAUAUCAUACCUCAGCCUUUACUGGACCAGUACUUAUCAAUGACAGACCCUGCUCGAGCACAGACGGUUGAUAAUGAAAUAGCAAAACACUGUGCCUACAGUCUUCCGGGCGUGGCCUUAACAUUGGGGAGACAGAAUUGGCAUUGCUUGAAAGACACCUAUGAAACCUUGGCAUCUGAUGUACAGUGGAAGGUGCGUCGGACGCUGGCUUUCUCGAUUCACGAGCUGGCUGUUAUUUUGGGAGAUCAGCUCACAGCAGCAGACCUGGUGCCCAUUUUCAACGGCUUCUUAAAAGACCUGGAUGAAGUGCGCAUUGGAGUCCUUAAACACCUCUAUGACUUCCUUAAGUUGCUUCAUGCAGACAAAAGGCGUGAGUACCUUUACCAGCUUCAAGAGUUUGUGGUUACCGAUAACAGCAGGAACUGGCGGUUUCGCUAUGAGCUUGCAGAACAACUGAUUCUGAUUCUGGAGCUCUACAAUCCCAACGAUGUAUACGACUACUUAAGACACAUUGCACUAACGCUCUGUUCAGAUAAAGUCUCUGAAGUCAGGUGGAUCUCCUUCAGGCUGGUUGUGGCAAUAUUACAGAAGUUCUACGCCAACAAUGCAAACUCUCUGGGAUUAAAUUUCAUUAAUGAGUUGAUUGUGAGGUUCCGCCAUUGUUCCAAGUGGGUUGGAAGACAAGCCUUCGCCUUCAUCUGCCAGGCGGUGGUGGAUGAGGAGUGCAUGCCCGUUAACCAUUUUGUCGAGCACCUGCUGCCCAGCCUCCUGAGCUUGGCGUCAGAUCCUGUGCCAAACGUAAGGGUUCUGCUUGCCAAAGCUCUGAGGCAAACGCUGUUGGAGAAAGUUUAUUUUAGAAGCGUGGGCAACCCUCAUCUCGAAGCUGUUGAAGAAACUGUUCUGGUUCUGCAAGCCGACAGGGAUCAAGAUGUUGCCUUUUUUGCCACCAUCAAACCAAAACACCACACCAUGCACAUUACUUCCCUCGAAAAACAAAACUAACUUCGUUUGUCUCUGUGGAC